UUCCGACAACUCGGCAGCUCGGAUGUGAUGCACUGCUCUUCGGAAGUUACAGCGUUGUUACAGAGUAGCUCGUAUCAAAUCACACUAACAUUUUAGAGGUAUUAAACUUGUCAGGGGUCUUUCCUUUUCACCAAAUGGCUUAUCCAGGAUACGGCGGAUAUGGGGGCCAAAUGCCAGGCAUGCCACCACAAGGAAUGCCAGGAGGGCCCAUGGGAGGUCCCAUGCCUGGGAACAUGGGGGGUCCGAUGGGAGGUGGGCCACCUCAAGGAGGAUAUGCACCGUAUGGAAGCUAUCCAGGAACAUUUGGUGCCCAACCUCCAGCUGCAAAUGACCCAAUGUGGGGAUACUUUACAGCCAUAGCAGGCCAGGAUGGCGAGAUUGAUGCAGAGGAACUCCAGAGAUGUCUGACUCAAGCUGGUUUUACUGGCAGCUACAGUCCCUUCAGCCUGGACACAUGCAGGAUCAUGAUUGCAAUGCUAGAUAGAGACUUCACGGGCAAGAUGGGUUUCAGUGAGUUUAAGGAGCUGUUUUCAGCUCUCAACGGCUGGAAGCAGAACUUCAUGAUGUUUGACCAGGAUCGGAGUGGAACUGUAGAACCUCACGAGAUGACUCAGGCUAUCAGCGCCAUGGGCUACCGCAUCAGUCCACAGGCCCUGAAUGCUAUUCUCAAGCGAUACAACAAAGGGGGCAGGAUCUUCUUCGAUGACUAUGUGGCCUGCUGUGUGAAACUCCGAGCUCUCACAGACAACUUCAGGCGGAGAGAUGUCAUGCAACAGGGAUCUGUCACCUUCCAAUAUGAUGAUUUUAUCCUGUGCACAAUGGCCAUCUAAGUGCUGUCGUCUGUCCCAAACCAUGAGGGCAAGCUGUUUGUGUGCCAAUCAGAACCUAAUUCUGGAUUAUUGUCUCACGGGAAUGCAAGGGAAGGCCAGUAUACUUAAGACUGUGCGGCAACAGGAAAUUCACCCACUGCUUGUAAUGCUCACUAUAAUGCAUUAAUUGUGUAUUUUACACAGGGGUGUGCUGAAGAUGUACACACAAAUUAUAAAUCAGCAUUGAAGGGCAAUAUUUUAAAGCCUGUAAUAGAAAUGUUUGUCUUUCAAAAUAAGGGCACAAAUAUUAUAAUCUUAAAGUUUACUAAAAAAAAUGUAAUCUCAUAAAAUCUGCAUGUAGAGGCUUCAAAGAGUUUCAUCAUAAAGACUUUUUUGGAUUUGGACUUCAUCCUAAAUAAAAAAUGUAUUUUUGAUUUUCAAGAGAUUUUAUUCAAUAACCAAACACCUGUUUUAACAGAAAUUGUAAGAUAUGCUAACAACGUAUCGCUGUUAAAAAGUUAUUUUAUAAAGCUACUAUUUUGGAAAUCCUCUUAAAUCAUCUAAAGAUGGAAUACAAAGAUGCUCUGAUGUGCCAUUAGACUUUCUGAAUGUACGCUCCAAACACCUUUUGCAGGACUAACAGGAAGUGCAUCACGAGUCACGAUUGAUUGCUGUUACAAAAAACAUGUUCAUUUGCUUUUUACAUUAAAUGUUUGACAGUAAUGGAUUUUGUCAGCUGCUGUUUUCUCAUUUGCCCAACCUGAUGUAUACCUCUGUUUUAUACAAUUUACAAAACCAGAUGCAUAUAAAUUUCAUUUACCAAGCAAA